AUGCAAAUGCAGGUUCUCGGCUGCACUUUCCUCACGCUGACAGAUCGUGAGGAAAGUGCUGCCGAAAACCGGCAGUUGUCAGAGCGGGGAUCGGCACCGAUCAUCAGGGUCACUGAUCAUCAGUGCCCUGAUGAUCAGUGCCCAGCAGUGCACACACAAGUUCUGCCCACCUGUGCCCAGCAGUGCGCCCACCUGUGCCACCCAGUAGUGUCACCACCUGUGCCCAGAAGUGCCACCUACCUGUGCCCAGUACAGUGCCACCAGUCAGUGCCCAGUGGUUGUGCCAGUCAGUGCGCAGCAGUGCCGCCAGUCAGUGCCCAGCAGUGAUGACAGUCAGUGCCACCUAUCAGUG